UAUUAAUGAAAAAUGAACUUAACAACAACAGCAACAACGACAACAAUAAGGCACAGUUAACUGGUGCAGAGUGCAGUAAUUAAGUUUAAUUAAGAAUUAUAAUUGGUCAACUGCCACCACCACCACCACCUUCAACGACAACAACAACAACAACAGAAACAAGUGCAUUUAAUAGCUAAGAGAGGAAAAUACAUAGAAAGAAAGAAAAAAUCAAAACGAAAUGCCACCGUUAAAAACUUAUUCCAUACACCACCACGAAUACAAUGCAAAUUGUCAUAAUAAUGGCAAUCCAGCAACAACAAAUUCACAACCCACCAAUCAUGAUGCCGAUUUCUAUACAGGAUUAGGAUCAACAUCAACAGGAGUUGUCGGUGGAGCCACCAGUUCCUCCUCCUCCUCGUCCAACAACACACAACGCACAAAUCGUCCCUCCUACUGCAAUGCCCAAUAUCCAUUCAAAGUGCUCUCCAAUUUGAAUCAACUAAGGGAACAAUCGCGUUUCUGUGAUGUGGAAAUAAUUGCUGGUGAAGCCACUUUCAAUGCCCACAGAGCUGUCUUGAGUGCUGCAAGUGCCUAUUUCGAGGCAAUGUUUCGACCCGAACUGGGUCUAAAUGAAUCGAAUCCAAAUCAAAAAUCUGUGGUAUUGCAUACCAUUGAUGGCGAUAUAUUGCAUAUACUCCUUGACUUUAUCUACACGGGACGCUGUGAAAUAACACAGUCGAAUGUCCAAGAACUUUUAGCUGCUGCCGAUAUGCUUCAACUCAAUGAAGUGGUCGAUGGUUGCUGUGAGUUCCUCUGCCGCGAGCUGCAUGCCACUAAUGCCUUGGGUAUUUUACGUUUCGCUGAAGCGCACAAUUGCGAAUCGCUUGCUAAAAGUGCAAUCAACUUUGUUCAUGCCAAUUUUCCAGCGAUCACCCUUGAGGAUGAAUUUCUGGAAACCCCACAAUCUCUGCUAUCGCAGCUACUUAAUUCCGAGAUGUUGCGAGUCGACUCCGAAUCUCAAGUGUUCCAGGCGGCACUUCGUUGGAUUAAACACGAUGUGACUCAGCGCCGUUGCUAUGUUUUCGAUAUACUUUCCCAUGUCCGCAUGGCUCUUGUUCCAGUGAAGGUCAUCGACAAGGCUCUCAAAGAUGAUUGUCGCGACAUGUCGGUGAAGAUUGCCCUGCGCUCGAUUUGUCGAGACAUUGCCUCAAAACGCGGCCAGCUUGUGCCAUUGCGGGUUUGUCCUCGUCAACUGGCCAAGAAAAAUAUUUACAUUAUUGGCGGAUCACAUCGCGAUACGCCACGAACAUGGAAUUCGGCUGAUUGCAUAUUUGAGACAGUCGCCAAAUUCGAUAUAUUCCGCCGAGAAUGGACUGAAACCGCACCUAUGGAGGUGGGACGUAUACUGCCCGGCGUAUCGGCGCUUAAUGGAAAGAUCUAUGUGGUGGGUGGAGAGCGCGGAUCGCAGAUUCUGGCCAAUGGAGAAGUGUAUGAUCCUCAGAACGAUGUGUGGCAACCUAUUGCACCAAUGAUUGUGCCACGCUGCGAAUUUGGACUAUGCACCAUGGGUGGAAAUCUGUUUGCGGUUGGAGGCUGGAUCGGUGAUGACAUUGGCGGGACCAUGGAGUGCUACGAUCCGGAAAAGGAUCUGUGGAAACUAAUCGGCAGUAUGCCACAGCCUCGCUUCAGCAUGGGUGUGGUCAGUUUUGAGGGUCUGAUCUAUAUCGUAGGUGGAUGUACAACAACCACAAGACAUUUGCCAGACUUGAUAAGCUACAAUCCGGUCACCAAGGAAUGGACACAAUUAGCCCGCAUGCAAACAGCUCGUUGUCAAAUGGGUGUAGCCGUCCUUGAUCGCUAUUUAUAUGUUGUGGGCGGAAGUAGCAUCACCCAGGAUAUUUUAAGCUCUGUGGAGCGUUAUAGUUUCGAUGAGGAUAAAUGGUCAACGGUUUGCGCUUUAAAUACACCCAGAGCCAUCCCCGCUGUGGCUGCAGCUGAUGGUUUGCUAUAUGUGGCGGGAGGUGAUCAGCCAUGUGAAGUGAACUUUUAUCGUGCUCAAGUCACAAUCAACGCUGUGGAAUGCUAUGACCCUCUAUCAGAUACCUGGAAGAAUUGUCCUGACUUGCCAGUAAGCCGCUCGGAGGCCGGUGCUGUCGUUGUCUAAGCUGUCCCAGCCGCUGUCCAUCCACGUCCUUUCGCUAUAAGAAUAUACACACUCACACACUCUAACUUUAUCUCUCUAGUGCAUUGUAUACGUUAAACACAUCACAAGAAAAACCUUUCUAUCACUCUGUUCUCUUUGAACCACUAAUACGAACCAAAGAUGAGCGCUAUAUAGAAUGUUAAAAAACGAAAAAAGAAAGAAAGAAACCAAAAUCUAGCGCAGCUAUUUACCAGUUAGUAAUUAUAUAGUAGUUAGACAGAAAAGUAAAAAUCAGUAACAGAGCCAGCUCCUGAUCAAGAUUAAGAUUGUUUCUAAACGAAAAAAAAGAGAACAAAAUUCCAAAAAUAUGGCCAACUGUUGUAUAUCGACGUAUCGUAAUUGCUGAACAUUUUUCAAUUCGUUUUUAAUAUAUAAAUUUUUUGUUAUUUUGCUUUCGAAUUUAUUUAACAGUAUAAAUAUGUAUUAUUAUAAA